UGAACGGUUCCGGUUGACUCUGUUGCUCCGUAACGGUCGCUACGAUAUCUUUUUUCUCCACUCUCUUGUCCCCACGUAAAUAAUAUCAUAUUUUGUGCUAAUUGAAAAUCAUCACAAAUUAAACGAAACGAAAUCUGUGUACAAAAACUGAUUAUGUGUGGAAAGAUACGGCAAUGAGUGAAGUGAAACAAUGAUCCUGCUCAAGGAUAAUCCUCGAACGCAUUAAAUGGGAUUACUAUACCUCAAAAAUUGGAUUACCUAAACUGAAGAAAAGAAUUAUUACCUAUGAGAAAGGCAAGUCCAGUAUCAACAAAAACUUGAGCCCAUCUUCUACCUUCCCUUAAGAGCAUGGAACUGCACUGGCUGCUGCCGCUGAUCGUCUGCCUUUAUAGUCUGAGGGCCCUGCCCCUGCCGGCUUCCGGAUUCGUCAUUCAGGAUGAGCGGAAGUGCAAGUACGCGCGGAUCGAGAAGCUGCUGCGCAUCCGCUGCUACGACAUGGACCUCAAAGAGGUACCCCAGAACCUCAAGACCUCGGUGGAGGUUCUGGAUCUAUCGUACAAUCGCAUUAGGAAGCUGAAAAGUGGCUCGUUCCAGAGGUACACAGACAUCAGGUUUCUGAUGCUCUAUGAGAAUAUGAUCUUAUCGGUGGAGCCGGGCACCUUCGAGCCGCUCACCUCGCUCCAGGAAGUGGAUCUCUCAAAUAAUGGACUCACUACGAUUCCCAUGGAGCUGUUCACACUGCCCAAGCUGAGAAAUCUUUAUAUAGACAGCAACGAACUGACACAUCUGGGUCUGGAGACGCUGCAGAAGCCCAUCACUGCUCCCCUGGAGUAUCUAAACGUGGCCAAUUGUGAGCUGCAAGACCUCCCCGAUCUGGGCGUACUGCCAAAACUUUGGCAGCUCAACGCCUCCAUGAAUCCUUUGACCAACUUCCAAAUCGACGGCCUGGCCAACAUGUGCCAUCUGCGGGUCAUAGAUCUGGCCAAGACGCAGCUCAGUCCGUGCAGCUGCCAGCAAGUCACCAAUCACAUCAUGAUGCUCGGCGCCAAUCCAAAGUUCGUCCCCGUUUGCAUGGAGGCUCUCAGCAUAGACGCGUGUCCACUGCCCUACAAUCGGACGAUACACUCGGAGACAUUCCGCAGUUGCCUGUCGACUGUGGACCUGGCCGUGUCGCGUAGCCUGUGGCUCUUUGCGGCCGGCUGCUUUGGCGGCGUCUGUUUUGUGCUACUGAUUGUUAUCUGGUGCGUGAGCAGGUGCCGCAAAAAACGGGCCAAGCGACGGAUGAGCCAGGCCCAAAAGCGAAAGCCUUUCGUGAUCUCGCCCAGAAAUGCCACUAACCGUCAGCCGGAGGACGAGCCUCUUCACUGUGAUACUGCCAAACCCAGCAUAAUAGUUCAUUAGUUAGUUAGCUAGUUUUAGUGGCCAGUUAUUUAUUACACCUAGCCUUUAGGGUAGUUAUAGGACCGUAGAAAACAGACUACUCCUCGAAUUGCCAUGAAACGAAAAACCAAAAACCACCAAAACACACACAUAUCUGAGAAAAGUGCCUUUCUCAAAUGCCACCAAAGUAGUUUUUAGAUAUUAUUAAUAACAUAGAACAUUUAAGCUUUCAAAAGAAACGACUUUUUGUAACAAGCGAUAAAACAAAUUUAAAUAACCAGG